CAUUUGUUUCUCUAAUAUUGUUAAUUAACUUUAUAUCUUCUCUAAAAAAAAUGGUUGGGAAAAUUGCAUGUUUGGUGGUUUUGUGCAUGGUGAUGGUUGCACCCUAUGCAUCAGAGGCAUUUACUUGUGGUCAAGUUCAGGCUGGUGUGGUUAACUGUCUCCCUUAUUUGCAGAAUCGUGGUCCUGUGGGUCUUUGUUGUAAUGUUGUUAAAGGUUUGGUGAAUUCUGCUAAGACUACACAGGAUCGUAGGACUGCAUGCUCUUGCCUGAAAUCAGCUGCUACUACUAUAAAGGGCAUUGACAUGGGCAAAGCUGCUGCUCUUCCUGGGAUUUGUGGUGUCAAAAGUCCAUUCAAGAUUAGCCUCUCCACUGACUGCACCAAGGUCCAGUGAAAUUGGUGUUAGUGCUAUCGUGUUGGCGAAGAAUAAAGAUGCAUAUGGAUCGAGUUUGAUCAUGCUUAAUUAUAUUAAGGGUCAUGUCUUGUUGUCUCUUCUUUUUUUUUUCGGAUAGUCAAGUCUGUAAUAAAACAUUGAUAUUACGGCUUUAGCCUUAACGCCUCUUUCACAAUUUGGUCUUCCUAAGAAUGAUCUUGUUCUCACUAUUUGUAACCAAAACAUCUAAGGAUUAACUCUUAAUUCAAUUCUAUUGCACGAGACAAGAAUGAAAGAAGGAAGACUUUCUAAUAUCCCUCUACUUUCUUCCGUUUAUAUGUAUGCUCGACAACAUAAAUAUUCAUUAAAGAUUGAUUAAGAAUAUCUAUAAAUGUU